UCGACCUUGUCACAACACAACGUUCCAUUACCACUACAAGAUGAACAAACUGAGCAAUUUCUUCGUCCUUGCAGCCCUCCUCGCUGCUGCCCUGGCAGUACCAGCAGCCGAAUACCAGUACGACCCGGAAGAAACGCACCUCCUCCACCCCCCAACUAAACCCAUUGGGCAAAUCUACCGCAUUCGGCGCUCCCCGCAAGGAGAAUGGGUGUUCAAACCAAACUUCGGACGGGACGCCGACGGGAACACUGGAGGAGUCAUCGAGCUGGAAAGACAAGGCGACGACAAUGAGUUCAGAGCCGUUUACUCCAAGCCUACUGACGGAGGGCGCGAAACCUGGAACGUUGGAGGGACUUUCAAAUUUUGAAGAACACAUCGACCGACUGUUAUUUAUUUAUUUAUUUUAAUUUUAAAUAUUUGUAAUAAAUAAAAGUACUAUUUUCAGA